UUUAUUUUAUUUUAUUUUUUCAGAAUUCAUUUGAUGGCAGGAGUGAUAAAUAAAAAAUUGGAAUGCGAACAUUAUGCGACCUAUGUGUCUAAUUUAAAAGAAGCCGCCUAUAUAUUAAUGGUCAAUAAUAUGAUUGGUGUAAUUGAACCGAUAAGCAAAUAUGCCAUUCCAGCGUAUUAUCUGGACUCUUUCGUCAAGGCUUCAACCGUUUUGAAAGAACUCAAAUAUAAUAAUAUAAAGCUUAUGAUAGAUCUCUACCAUCUGCAGCAUAUAUGUGGAAACUUUACUAAGACCCUAGAAGAAUAUAGGGAUGUAAUUGGUCAUUUUCAAAUUGCCCAGGUACCCAAUCGAGAUGAACCAGGCUCAUCUGGUGAGCUAGAUUAUGACUAUAUUUUUAAAACAAUACGGCUCUUUGGAUAUGAUGAUUGGAUUGGUUGUGAAUACAAACCAAAAACAUCAACUGUCGCGGGCUUAAACUGGAUCCCCAAAUAUAAUUUAAAGUUUUAAUAUAA